AUGCAGACGCGGCUGAAGUCGCGGCCAGAUGAGCCCAAAUUAGCCGUGCACCCAACCAGCUGCAUUACCCCGCUCUGGGGCGUGUGGGAGAUGUGGUGUGUUCUGCCAGAUCCUGUGGGUGGGGCGGUUGGUAACAAUACGGGUGUUCGAGGCAGCGCCGUAAAGAAGGGGUGCGCGGUGCAUAAAGAGGGGAAUAGAGCGACAUGGCUAGAUCAGGUGCGUAGCAUCGGUCUUUUUGAUAACGCUGAAGGGUUCUGGGGAAUUGCCACGUGCACAUUGCCGCCCUCACAGUUGCCGCCCGGCAUCACGUAUUACAUGCUCCGGCGCAACAUUGCUCCCAUGUGGGAACAUGAGGCCAACCGGCGAGGAGGCCGCUGGGUGGUUCGAUUCCAGGAUCAACAACAUCGCCAGCAAAGGAAAGGGGAAAACGAAGAAGAAAUAACUGAGGAUCGGUCAUCUCAGGUUGAUGAGGCCUGGGAAAGUCUGUGCAUUGCGUUGAUUGGAGAACAGCUUCCAUGCCCAGAGACAGAGGUCUGCGGUGUGGCGCUGCGGCGGGCAGAACGACGUCGAGAAUGGAAGCUGAGUUUGUGGACACGCACAGCCGCUGACCGUGAGACGCAGUUGUGUAUUGGCCGCUUCAUGAAAACCUUACUGAAUUUAGAGGACGGCGUCCUUCAGUACCUGUCGCACCGCGAGCUAAUGCAGGCAAGUAAGGAGGGAUGCUGGAAGGUACCACCCAAAUACGAGUUAUAG